CAAAUUUUCAUAUCUUUUUUAUCACUUGCGCAGCUGCUUGGAAGCUUACUUGGUAAUAGUAAUCCCAGCAUUUUGUAUAAAUACCCUUAACUGGAUUACACACAAUCACAUUCAUCAAACCAAUCCAUUUUCUCAAACGACACCAAGAAGAAGAAAAGAAAAACACCACAACGUAUAUGGAAGGAAAGAGUAGCGGCGAUACUCGGGCCGGCUUAUCUUCGAGCUAUAGGGGCGUUCGCAAGCGGAAAUGGGGGAAAUGGGUGUCUGAAAUUCGUGAGCCUGGAAAAAAAACAAGAAUCUGGUUAGGGAGCUUCGAGACACCUGAAAUGGCAGCCGCAGCUUACGACGUUGCUGCGUUACACUUCAGGGGACGGGAGGCACGUCUUAACUUCCCUGAAAUGGUCAACUGUCUCCCGAAGCCGGCAAGUUCCAAUGCUGAUGAUAUCCGAAUGGCAGCUCACGAGGCAGCUUUGAUGGUGAGGUCUAAUGCGACACAGCCCGACGUGGGCAGCUCCAGUGCCGGCGUGGGGCCUGUGACAGUCAGGCUGACGCAGAGUCAGAUUCAGGCCAUCAAUGAGUCCCCUCUCGACUCUCCCAAGAUGUGGAUGCAAAUGUCGGAGGCAUUGAUGAUGGAUGAUAUGGUGUUGCCCAAUGAAAAUGAGGAGAAUGAUCAGUGGGAUGAUAUGCAAAGCGAUUCCCUUUGGGAUCCUUAGAAAGUGGAGAAUCGAGUUGACAAGAGGCUUUCUGAGAUAGUAUGUGCAUUUGUUGAGAGAAGGCCAUGUGUAAUUCAAUGAGAGAAGUUCAAAUGGUGGGAGAUUUUGGAGGGUCCCAUUAAGCCUUAAACAAUGUUACUUGGUGUGGCUGAGAUUUGUGAAAGAGCCACCGUCUGACAUAUAGGCUACUUUUUUAUUUGCUGUGGUAGGCUUUGUUUUCUAAUUUUUAUAUAUAAUGUGACUGGAUUGUAUUUGUCAUUUAAGUACAUGUACAAUUAAACUUUCUUAUUAAUUGUAUGAUUGUGUCUUUUAAGGUUUACUAUCUUGCUUUACUAAAGUAGAUACAUUUUGCCAUUCUUG